AUGGCUGCACUCCCAGUGACAGGCUGCUGCACGUCGAAACCGAACCGACGCUUGGACGAGCAGGAUCCCCUUCAACGCCCCGACUGCUUGGGGAAUCUCUCAGAUUCGUGCAUGGUCUGGUGGCCCGGAGCCAUUUCACAGGAGGGGAAGGAGAAAGUCCCGCUGGAUUACUUGAUGUGGCACCGGCUGCCAUCACUGCAGCUGAGCAGUACCACUUGCCGCCAAUACAAGCGAUUUUACUUACAGGAGACUACGCUUAUUCCCCAAAGAAGAAUGAUCAGAAGCUUUCGCAAACUCAUUGUGGGAAAUGCUUCAAAGGCCUGCGAGUGCAGGUUAGCGGCUGUACAGCAGGUCACCAACAAACUAUUCGAGUUCUUUCCCCAGGACUCGAACACAUCACCGCAGCAGAACAGAUCAGGGGAACUCGCGGGACGCAUUCAAUUACUGCUGGCCGUGGGCAAUCACGAUUUCCCACCACAAGCUGUUUUCUCUCCACAUCGCACACAAUGGGCGGAAAUGCUAUACAAUAUAUGGAGGCCAGCCCUACCACAGGACCCAAUAACUCGCGAGAGUUUCCUCCGAGGAAUGUAUUACUCAACGUAUUUGAAAGCGGCUCCCCAGGUGCGCGUACUAUGCUUGAACACAAACCUAUAUGCUGUAAAAGUGCGGAAGGCUGCAAGGGCUCUGGUGCAGCGCGAUGAAGAGAAUAGCAGCGGGCUGAAUGCCUCGGCAGCAGGGGUGCCGAUCAUGAGAAGUACGCUGGAGGAUUACGCGGAAAUAGCUGACCCAGCAGGACAGUUCGCCUGGCUGGAGAAAGAGCUUCAUUCUGCUCGAGGCCUUGGACAACAGGUUUUGAUCUGUGGUCAUAUAAUGCCGGCGCUAACAGUGAAGCUCGAUGCGCGGGCUUUUUUUCGGGUCAAUUGGGAACCUGAAUAUGCCUCAAGGUCAGGAAGGAACUACUUGCUGCUACACUGCAUUGUUAUCACGAGGGACCACCUACUGACAAAUCCGGCAGAAAGUAGUGCAGUUUUUGCUUCCCUUGCGUCUCGCAGGUACAGGGACCUCGUUUCAGCGUAUUCAGAUGUAGUUUUGGCCCAGUUAUUUGGUCACCAGCAUGAGGGAACGCUCACAACGCUACUGCCUCGCGGAACGCAGCCAUGGAAUGCAGCAGCAUCUGCAGGACCCCGCUGCAACCCUCGUCAGCCUAAUUUGCCAACAGCUCUCCUCUCCAGUCCUUCUGUCUCCCCCAAAGAUGGCAACAAUCCAGCAGUUCGGGUGCUUGUAUUCGACCGAUUUCAAGACGAGCAGGAGCAGACUUGGGCAUACGCUCUGGGGGAUUAUGCACAAUAUCGGCUGCCCCUGUACGGCUUUGUGGGACGGUCAGGGUUUGGUAGAACAGAUCCAGUUUUUGAAUUUGAGUCAUCCUUCCAAGAUACCUUUAGGCCUUUCCUGCGGUGCGCCAAGCCGCGCCAACUGCCGUGGAGCGAUUCGUCGGAAGAGCAGGAAACAAACAGCUCUCCAGGAUGCUCUCGUUGUAUAGACGGCUCAGUAUCUCUCCAGAUAGCUGAUGCUAUACGGCGUUCACCCUUCGCGUACGCAGCGUAUCAGAAUCAUCGGUAUGCUGGGGGUAGGGACGUGGCUAGCGGUGCAAUCAGCUGCAGCUCGCUGGCGACAACUGAAGAAGAGUUUUUACGGUGCAUCGACGAAAUGCCGUAG